AUCAUUUCCACACCAAUGAUACUGAUGUUCUCAUACCUGGAUAAGGCAGACCAUUAUCCACAACAUGAGCAGGACCCAACUUGUGCUUGUUUCCUUGCCACUAUACCACCGCUUUAUAGGAAGCUAGCCAGGAUGACCAUGGGGCUGGUGUUGUGUUGCUCCGCUGGCCAGUGGGGCAAGAAGGAAAGGCGGCUCAGUGACCAUUAUUGCAAGGAUCCAGAAAGUGACCGUAAUUAUCGUGAAUGCAGUCCAGAAAAAGAAGUUCGUGCUGUUCGUAAAGGUCAUGGCCGGAGUCGUCGUCGGGAUUAUAGCCGACAUCGUCGUCGUCGCCAUCACGGCAGCCACUCUUCUGACAUCUCGGACAGUUGUGACUCAAGUUAUCACAGUCAUAGUUCAGGUAGUCGCCAGCGACAUCGGCGGAAAUGCGCCGACCGUGAUCGCAGUCGGCGCUACCGUCGUCGCACCCGUAGUCUCAGUUCACGGUCUCCCCACGAGCACGGUUCCAGGCCACCUAGCGUUGAGGACGACGAGGACGGUCAUCUGAUCUAUCAUCAUGGAGACAUCCUGCAAGAUCGAUAUAAAAUCCUCGCUACUUUGGGUGAGGGAACGUUUGGGAAAGUUGUGAAAGUUGUUGAUUUAAAACAUGAUAAACUGGCAGCACUGAAGAUUAUAAAAAAUGUGGAUAAAUACAGAGAAGCAGCAAAGUUGGAGAUUAAUGUACUAGAAAAAUUAGCAAGUGCUGAUCAUGUGGGGGAAACAAAGUUUCUGUGUGUGAAGAUGCUGGAUUGGUUUGACUACCAUGGGCACAUGUGUAUUUCUUUUGAAAUGUUAGGAUUAAGUGUAUUUGAUUUUUUGAAGGACAACAGUUAUCAGCCCUAUCCCAUUGACCAAGUUAGGCACAUAGGCUAUCAACUGUGUUAUUCAGUGAAAUUUCUCCAUGACAAUCAGUUAACCCACACAGAUUUAAAGCCAGAAAAUAUUCUUUUUGUGAGCUCUGACUAUGAUAUUACUUACAACUCAAAAAAGAAACGUGAUAUUAGAAGAGUACGAUCUACUGAUAUCAAACUUAUUGACUUUGGGUCAGCUACUUUUGAAGAUGAACAUCAUAGCACAAUUGUUUCAACUCGCCAUUAUCGAGCACCUGAAGUUAUACUUGAGCUUGGUUGGAACUAUUCUUGUGAUGUAUGGAGUAUUGGCUGUAUCCUGUUUGAGCUAUAUUUGGGUAUCACCCUUUUUCAAACCCAUGACAAUAGAGAACACCUUGCUAUGAUGGAGCGAAUCCUUGGACCACUUCCUUAUCGCAUGUGUCGCAAAACAAAAACUAAGUACUUCUACCAUGGAAAAUUAGAGUGGGAUGAGAAAAGUUCAGCUGGCAGAUAUGUGAAAGAGAACUGUAAACCCCUAAGGAGAUACAUGGUAUAUGAAGAUGAGGACCACAGAAACUUGUUUGACCUCCUAGCUAGAAUGCUAGAUUAUGAACCUUCUCAGAGAAUUACCUUAUCAGAGGCAUUGAACCAUUCGUUUUUCACAAAACUUCCUGAAGAAUCCCUAUGGCAUAUUCAAGAUCAAAAGUUGGAGCAGGAACCAAAAAACGGGUUUAGGGAGCGUUCUCUUAGUUUGAGCAGGUGAACAAGUUUCAUUUUAGUUUGCUUUAAAAUUAAGAGCUUUACUUUGUUGAAAUACCUAUCUUAACUUGUUAAGAGUAAUUGGAAGUAAGGUGGAGAACGCUCCCUAAUAAACGUAUGUGUAAAUUGUAUACAGAUUGAUUUUUGUAGAGUUUUGUGUUCAGGAACAUUCAUCUUUGAAUGUAAAUUUGUUACUCAUUUGUACCUCUGUGCAUCUUGUGGUUUUUUGGGUGACUGCUUACAAAAGCACACACUCUUAACUGAAAAUUAGAAAAAUGUAUUAAAUAAACUUUUAUGUAUUUUA